UGUAAUCAAUGUGAAAAAGCCUUCUCACAACACAGUGAACUCCAAAUACAUAAAAGAAUUCACAAUGGAGAGAAACUCUACAUAAACAAACCCUAUGAAUGUAACCAGUGUGGUAAAGCCUUUUCAUUGCAUGGUAAUCUCCAAAGCCAUGAAAGAACACAUACUGGAGAGAAACCCUAUGAAUGUAACCAGUGUGGUAAAGCCUAUUCACAUCCUCGUAAUCUCAAAGAACAUAAAAGAACACAUACUGGAGAGAAACCCUAUGAAUGUAACAAGUGUGGUAAAACCUUUUCGUGGCAUGGUAAUCUCCAAAGUCAUGAAAGAACACAUACUGGAGAGAAACCCUAUGAAUGUAACCAGUGUGGUAAAGCCUAUUCACAUCUUCGUAAUCUCAGAGAUCAUAAAAGAACACAUACUGGAGAGAAACCCUAUGAAUGUAACCAGUGUGGUAAAGCCUAUUCACAUCCUCGUAAUCUCAAAGAACAUAAAAGAACACAUACUGGAGAGAAACCCUAUGAAUGUAACCAGUGUGGGAAAGCUUUUUCGCAGCAUGGUAAUCUCAAAGAACAUAAAAGAACACAUACUGGAGAGAAACCCUAUAAAUGUAACCAGUGUGGUAAAGCCUAUUCACAUCCUCGUAAUCUCAAAGAACAUAAAAGAACACAUACUGGAGAGAAACCCUAUGAAUGCAACCAGUGUGGUAAAGCCUUUUCGCAGCAUGGUAAUUUCAAAAUACAUAAUAGAAUACAUACUGGAGAGAAACCCUAUGAAUGUAAUCACUGUGGUAAAGCCUUUUCGCAGCAUGGUAAUCUCCAAAGCCAUGAAAGAACACAUACUGGAGAGAAACCUUAUAAAUGUAAUCAGUGUGGUAAAGCCUACUCACAUCCUCGUAAGCUCAAAGAACAUAAAAGGACACAUACUGGAGGGAAACCCUAUGAAUAUAACCAGUAUGGUAAAGCCUUCUCACACAUGGAUGGGUCAUUUUACAAAUGA